AUGUACGGCUAUCAUCUCUGGUAUUUUGAUGGCACCUGUAACAAGGGCGCCAUGAACCAGCUCAAACGGAUGCAGCAGAAAGCUGCUCUGUGGAUUAUGGGUGCCUUCCACACCUCUCCCACAGGCGGUCUUGAGGUCUUAGCAGGUCUCAUCCCUGUCCAUCUCAUGCUAAAGAAGCUGGCAGCAUGUGCAGUGUACCGCAUCGCAACCCUCUCAGACACUCACCCUCUCCGCUCUAUGAUGGGUGAGAGACUCCUCAAGCGGGCUGAACUUCAUGCCCGCUCUGCCGCCUUGAUAACCCCAGCUAUGCAAGGGAAGGUCAAGAGCACCGUCAUGGAGGUGGACGAGCGUGUCCAUGUUAAACUUAUGCAAUGA